AUGAGGCUCCUGUCAAGGUAUCCAUGGUUAUGUUUUUACUUUCUCUUGCUUCGACAGAAUGUCCAUGGACUUUGGCCCUCUUCAAACUCUUCGGCAGUUCAACUGUUAGGUAUUGCACAAAGGGAACUCAAUAUAAAAAAUACUAGUUCAUCAUCGUUUUAUCAAACUCAAGCACUGUUUUACUCAGCGAUGUUACUCGCUCAGCAAUACAAUAUCACUGUCGGAGGAGAAUAUCUCGGUUGGAAAUUACAGCAAUGUCCAAGUCACUACUACGAUUCCCAAGUUCCUAACCAAGGAACUGAUGCCACGACAAUACCUACAAAAGGAAUUGAGGAAAUCAGUAGAACUGACCGACAUUUCCCUAACAGNGCCGGAUAUGGAUUUAACGGUGGUAUCAUUAUCCAGGAUUAUCAGGAUCCGGAAAGUGUAGAUGCUCUGGUACUGGGUAAUAGCAUCGUUAACAUGUCGAAUGUUGCAAUUGAGAAUGCUGAUGAGUCUUCUACUACAGCGGCCCGCAAUGCAGCAGCAUUAAACGGCAGGUUGUAUCCGAAUCCGUUCAAUGAUUUUGUAAACAUCGAUUUUAAUAAUACGUCUGCCAAUAAUAAUAUCAGCGUGGAGGUUUAUGAUCUGUCUGGAAGACUUGGUUACCGCAAAACAUUCGGUAAGUUAUCAGCGGGUAGCAAUACCCUCAGGAUCGGCAGCGCCGAUGCGGGUAUGAGAACAGGAGUUUAUAUUAUAACGCUAAGCGUAAACGGUAAGCCAAUACAGGCUAAUAAAGUUAUCAGAACCGGAAAAUAG